GGAGAAAGGCAGGAGAGAUUUGAGGCCGAAAGACUGCACACUGAAGCCCGAGAAACGCGAGCCUAGUGUCCGAACCGCCGCGGCAGGAUAUGGGCUCUCCAGGGCAAAUCCCGGGACAAGACGCGGAGCUCUAAGCCAGCCCUCUCCCUCCAUCUCCGCUCGCCCAACACCACCUCUGCGACCCCCGCUGUAGUGGUUUGGCCCGGACCUCCUUUAAAGAGAAGAAGAGUGGGAGGGAGUCGUGAACUUCCCCCAGCUGCUGCCCAGACACACACACGUGCUGCAUUGCCGCCAUUCCCCAGGCCCCCCCACUCCAUCCAUCUCCAGGGCACGGACACGCGCUCGCUGGCCGCCACUCGGCACAAAGACGAGGCCUGUCCUCGGGGGUGAGACACACAAUCGGACUGUGGACACGUUCUUUCUUGUUCUCCCUUCCCCGGGGUCCCCAGACACUCAGACACUCAUUAGCCGGGGCUCAUUGAGUGCGGCUGUCGGUCAGUCGCUGCUGUGAGCGGCCAGUCGCUUCGCCGGACCGAGGAAGCCCGAGGGCUCGCCUAUCCCAGCGCGAUGGAGCCCAGCGUGGAGAGCUGCCUGGCCCAGGUCCUGCAGAAGGACAUGGGCAGCCGGCUGCAGCUGGGGCAGGAGAUCAUCGACUACAUCCUGGACAAGGAGAAGUCCCACGACCUGGAGCAGGACCAGGCGGCGCUGGACAAGAUGGUGGACGGCAUCGCCAGCUCCUGGGUCAACUGCAGCAACUUCAAGGUGGCGCUGCUGGGCUUGGACCUCUUGUCUGCCUUAGUGACGAGGUUACAGGAGCGGUUCAGAGCCCACGUGGGAACCGUUCUGCCGAGCCUCAUCGAUCGACUGGGAGACUCUAAAGACCAAGUGAGAGACCAGGACCAGACGGUGCUGCUGAAGAUCAUGGAACAAGCUGCCAGCCCGCAGUAUGUGUGGGACAGGAUGCUGGGCGGCUUCAAGCAUAAGAACAACAGGACCAGAGAAGGAGUGUGCUUUUGCCUCGUCGCCACGCUGAGCACAUACGGAGCUCAGGGCCUGACCCUCAGUAAAAUCGUUCCUCAUAUAUGUAACCUCCUGGGGGACCCCACGAGUCAGGUACGCGACGGGGCCAUGAGCUGCUUGGUGGAGAUCUACAGACACGUCGGGGAGAGGGUGAGGAUGGAUCUGUGCAAGAAGGGCCUGCCACAGUCACGGUUGAAUGUAAUCUUCGGCAAAUUUGAUGAAGUCCAAAAAUCCGGGAACAUGAUGUCAUCCUCUUGUUCGGAUAAGAACUUUGAGGAUGAAGACUCAGUGGAUGGAGGCCGGUCCUCCUCCUCAUCAUCCAAAGCGCCCCCCAGUGGCAGAAGGCCUGUAGUGAGCUCUGUUAGGAGACCCAGCACAGCCACCACGACCAAGGUCACAGCUAAAGAUGCAGCUGCCGGGGCCGUUGAUGAAGAUGAUUUUAUUAAAACCUUUGAAGACGUUCCCUCAGUCCAGAUCUACUCCAACAGAGAGCUGGAGGACCAGCUGUCCAAGAUCAGAGAAGUGCUGUCUGACGAAAAGCACGACUGGGAGCACCGAGUGGUCGCGCUGAAGAAGGUGCGUUCCCUCCUGCUGGCCGGGGCCACUGAGUACGAGGGCUUCCCUCAGCAGCUGCGUCUCCUGGAGGCCCCCCUCAAGCUGUCGGCUAAAGACCUGCGUUCCCAGGUGGUCCGAGAGGCCUGCAUCACUCUGGGACAUCUGUCAUCGAUACUGGGGAUCAAGUUCGACCACGGCGCGGAGAGCAUCAUGCCCACGCUGCUGAGCCUCGUGCCCAACAGCGCCAAGGUCAUGGCCACGUCCGGAGUGGCCACCAUCCGCCUCAUCCUCAGGCGAACACACUACCCACGUCUCAUCCCCAUCAUCGCCAGUAACUGCACCGUCAAAUCAGUAGCAGUCAGACGACGCAGUUUUGAGUUCUUAGACCUCAUUCUACAAGAAUGGCACACUAACACACUGGAAAGGCAUGUGGCUGUUCUGACUGAUACCAUCAAGAAAGGGAUCCACGACGCCGACUCUGAGGCCAGAGCCAUCGCACGAAAGUGCUACUGGGGUUUCCAUGGUCACUACAGCAGGGAGGCGGAGCAUCUGUUCCAGGCGCUGGAGUCCACCUAUCAGAAGGCUCUCCAGUCUCACCUGAAGGGCUCCGACAGCAUCCUGUCUCUGCCCCCGUCGGACCGCUCCUCCUCGUCCUCCCAGGAGAGCCUGAACCGUCCGUUGUCUGUGAAGAGCGUCAUAGGAGGAAGUAUAACAAGGAGUAAGCUGGCGGGCUCCCGGGUGUCGACCACGUCUCUCCAGCGCUCCCGCAGUGACGUCGAUGUCAACGCCGCCUCCAGCGCCAAGUGCCGCCUGACCACCGUUCCCGCCUCCUCGCCGUUCGGCUCCGCGGCGGCCCUCCCCCCGGGGUCCUACGCCUCCUUAGAUGGCACUCCCGGUAAAAGUGAUGGUCGCGUUCGGACCCGGAGGCAGAGCUCGAGCAGCGUGGGCGGAGCCAGCACCUUGGUGGUGGACAACAGGGGGCGCAGCCGAGCCAAAGUGGUCUCUCAGUCCCAACGAUCCAGAUCGGCCAAUCCCAUCAACGCCGGCAGCCGCUCCAGCUCCCCGGGCAAGCUGCUCGGCCACGGCAGCUACGGCCGGAUCCCUCGCACCGCGGCGCCGGCCUCCACCGCGCCGGCCGACAAGCGCACCAGGAUCCCCCGCAGCCAAGGCUGCAGCCGCGAGACCAGCCCCAGCCGGAUGGGUCUCGCCCGGAGCCGUAUUCCCCGCCCCAGCAUGAGUCAGGGUUGCAGUCGCGACACCAGUCGCGAGAGCAGCCGUGACACCAGCCCCGCUCGGGGCUUCACUCCUCUGGCCUCCCGACGUCAUUCCCGUUCAACCAGUGCUCUCUCCACAGCCGACCCCCACGGCCAGUCAGAUCGAUAUGGAUUAAUCCACCAAGCAAGGAUCUCGGCGUCGGUCAACGCCAUGCGGGUCCUGAACACCGGCACCGAGGUGGAGGCAGCCGUCGCCGAUGCUCUGCUCUUAGGAGACUCCAGGAAUAAGGACAUCAGACCGACUAUUUUAAGUAAGGCACAAUUUUACGUAAAAUUAAAAUAUUAUUGGUAUAUCAUUUUAUGGAAAUGUAUUUGUCAUCGUUUUAUCCUACAGGGCAUCAGACCAACUGGAGGCGCAAUUUUGAGUAAAGACAACCUAAAUGACCACAACUGUAGGAAGCCGCUGAGGCGUCGGUACGAGUCCCCCGGCAUGUACUCCGACGACGACGCCAACAGCGACGCGUCCAGCGCCUGCUCCGAGCGCUCCUACAGCUCCAGGAACGGAGGCAUCCCCAAUUACCUGCGGCAGACGGAGGAUGUGGCCGAGGUCCUGAACCACUGCGCCAGCUCCAACUGGUCGGAGAGGAAGGAGGGCCUACUGGGCCUGCAGAACCUCUUCAAGAGCCAGAGGAUACUGAGCCGAGUGGAGCUGAAGAGACUUUGUGAGAUCUUUACCAGGAUGUUUGCAGAUCCACACAGCAAGGUGUUCAGCAUGUUCCUGGAGACGCUUGUGGACUUCAUCACGGUGCACAAGGAGGACCUGCAGGACUGGCUCUUUGUCCUGCUCACGCAGCUGCUCAAGAAGAUGGGCGCAGACCUGCUGGGCUCGGUCCAGGCCAAAGUCCAGAAGGUUCUGGACGUCACAAGGGAGUCCUUCCCAUUCGACCAGCAGUUCAACAUUCUGAUGAGGUUCAUCGUGGAUCAGACUCAGACGCCCAAUCUGAAGGUUAAGGUGUCCAUCCUGAAGUACAUCGAGUCCCUGGCUCGGCAGAUGGACCCGACGGACUUCGUCAACUCCAGCGAGACGCGCCUGGCCGUGUCUCGCAUCAUCACCUGGACCACCGAGCCCAAGAGCUCCGAUGUCAGGAAGACCCUUCAUAACUGGGUGAGCGAGGAGCUCGCUGGCAAGUCCAGCCCUGCGGCCUCGCUGUCCGCUGAGGGCAACCAGGAAGAAAGGUGUAAGCAGGCGGCGCAGGUGGUGCUGAUCUCCAUGUUCGAGCUCAACACCCCGGAGUUCACCAUGCUGCUGGGAGCUCUGCCCAAAACCUUCCAGGACGGAGCCACCAAGCUGCUGCACAACCACCUGAAGAACUCCAGCAACACCAGCAGCGGCGUGGGGUCUCCUUGCAACACCAUUGGCCGGACGCCGACGCGCCACACCCCCAGCAGAACCAGCCCGCUCACCUCUCCCACGAACUGUUCCCACGGUGGACUGUCUCCAAGCAGUCGGUUAUGGGAUUGGGGUGUCGACGGACUCUCAAAGCAUCCCCCCGCCCCCGCCCCAUCUCCUCCUCUUCCUCCUCCUCCUCCGCCGCCCCACUCUACCCCUGCCGCCCCCUCCCUCAGGGUCCUCCGCAGAGCAUAUUCACCCAGCAUGAUGGAGUACGACACGGAGAACAUGAACUCGGAUGAGAUCUACAGCUCGCUGCGCGGCGUCACCGAGGCCAUCCAGAGCUUCAGCUACCGCAGCCAGGAGGACCUGAACGAGCCAAUCAAACAGGAGGGCAAGAGGGACGACGCCGCAGGACGAGAGGGCGUGGCGUCCUCUCUGGGCUCUGACCCCCGCCUCGGCCUGGACGCGGUGGAAGGGGGGGGGGGCCGCACCGUCUUGGACAACAAGACCUCCCUCCUCAACACGCCGUCGCCGCGCUCCUUCUCCGGGCCGCGGGGCCGGGAGUUCGCCCCCUACGGCUACGGAGAAACCAUCUGCAGCUACGACAAGACGGCCAUGAAGGAGGCGGUGUUCGACGACGACGUGGAGCAGUUCAGAGACGGCCGACGUCAGGAAAGUGGUGAAAACAAGAUGACGCUUCCCAAGGUCUUUGCUCCCGCAAUCAGUCACGACCACUCGGACCUGGUCGCCGACCUGCUGAAGGAACUCUCCAAUCACAACGAGCGCUCCGAGGAGCGCAAAGGCGCUCUGGUGGAGCUGCUGAAGAUCACACGGGAGGACAGCCUGGCCGUGUGGGACGAACACUUCAAGACCAUCCUGCUCCUCCUGCUGGAGACGCUGGGCGAUAAAGAUCACACCAUCCGAGCCCUGGCCCUGCGUCUGCUGAAGGAGAUUCUGAGGAACCAGCCGGCCCGCUUCAAGAACUAUGCUGAGCUCACCAUCAUGAAGACCCUGGAGGCUCACAAAGACUCCCACAAAGAGGUGGUGCGUGCGGCCGAAGAGGCGGCCUCCACCCUGGCCGGCUCCAUCCACCCGGAGCAGUGCAUCAAGGUGCUGUGUCCCAUUGUGCAGACGGCCGACUACCCCAUCAACCUGGCGGCCAUCAAGAUGCAAACCAAAGUCAUUGAACGCCACGCCAAGGACUCCUUACUGCAGCUGCUGCCUGACAUCAUCCCGGGACUCCUACAGGGCUACGACAACACGGAGAGCAGCGUCCGCAAGGCCAGCGUGUUCUGCCUGGUGGCCAUCUACUCUGUGAUUGGAGAGGAUCUCAAGCCCCACCUGGCACUGCUCACGGGCAGCAAGAUGAAGCUCCUGAACCUGUACAUCAAGCGAGCGCAGACCACCAACAGCAACAGCAGCAGCUCCUCCGACGUCUCCUCCCACAGUUAAUGCAGGGAGGUCUCCCUCGGAUGGACGGCGCUGGAAGAUCGCCGUCUCCGAGCUUCCCCUCCUCCUCGUCCUCCUCCUCUUCCUCACUCGAGCUCCACUGCGCUUCUCUCCCAUGUGGAGGAGAUCCUGUCACCAACCUUUUGCUCAUGUAGUCCCCUCCACGUCGUUUAUUUUGUAUUUAUUUUUUACGCUAAGUGUCUCAAUCAAUGAACUCCCCUCACAACAACCUCGUUCCACCGGAAUUCACAAUCCGUCACAUUUUGUGCAGCAGUUUAUUUUGAGAAGAGGAAACUCCUGUUGAACGUCAAAGUGUGUGUGACUCGGCAGACGUGUGUGUCGCCUGUGUUUCGUCACGCAGCGCUCUGCUCUGAGGGCUGAGGACGGCUACACGCCGCCACGCUUUGGACAAACGCUCGGCCGAGUGGCUCUGUUUGAAGAGCAAGUCGUUUGUAAAUAGCGGCUGAUGUUUGUUCCCAGCCUUGAGUCGGAUAGGGGGGGGGGGUAAAGACAUCCACCGGCCUUAUGCACUUCACCUCUUCAGCUGACUGGGACCUCUGCAUUGGGAAGGACCCGGCAGUGUUCUUGAUCCGUGAUGACGCAGCUACAGUAUUAUGUGCCCCCCCUUCCUCCUCCUCCUCCCCCUUCCUCCUCCUCCUCCCCCCGUAAUGCAACCACCGCUUCUGCAAUAGCGUGGAUUCCACAGAUAUAAGGUGUUUUGUACAUACACGUUUGGACCACUGCUUAGCGUACCUUUCGAAUGAUGUCGGCGAAAAACAAACGAGAAAGAAAAAGAGAGGGGGGGGGGGGAAGUGAACGGGUCGAACUUCUCUUCCUUUUUGUUUCCUUUUGCCCGAUAGCUAAUUUGCUUGCAUGUAGCCUGCAGCACACGCCAAGCUGCCGGCCAACAGCUGUUUAAGUGCCCUUGUGACAUCAUCAGAGGCUCUGAUGUGGUGUUUCAGGAGAGGAGGAAGCCCAUUGGCCACUCGUAUGACCAAAAUGUGCUGAAUGGGUUUAUUUAAGUUUCACAUGUCUGUGUCUCCUUUAAUCUGUACAGAGAGAUGACGUUGAUGUCCACGUGGUUAUGGGAUAUGAUUUCAUCGUGACGCAGUGAUCUGCUGGAGGAGGGGGUCAGGCUCCAUAUGCCUUUUUUUAAAUAUUGAGAUGAUAUUAAGGAAAAACAAGUAUUCCUGGGGUUACCUGGGGAUGUUUUUAGUUGAGUGGUGUUCAGGGAAUCCACAGAGUGGGCCAAUCGUGGUUAUUUAAGUAAAUGAAUGUACAGACUUAAUACGUGUUUAUGAUUUAGCUUUUUAAGCGUCGGUAUUGAGAAUGAUUUUCAGCGACGUGCAGACUGUAAUAUAUAUAUAUAUACAUAUAUAAUAUAUAUAUUAUUUAUAUAAUACAUAUAUUAUUUAUAUUAUAUAUUAUGUAUAUAUAUAUAUAUGUGUAUAUAUAAUAUAUAUAUAUAUAUAUAUAUGGCUGUCUGCACUCUCUGCCCUCAUAUUAAUGGUGAAACACUGGCACACGCCAUCACACUGCUGGUCCUUUAAAACUCUCACUAUGCAUGUUUUACAGCACAGUCUUUCUUUUGACUCAAAGCGGUCAUGUAAUAUUCAUACCUGUAAUUUAUAUAUUUUAUUUUAUUUCGUCCUCAUGAUAAAGUGUACAGAAGAGUUUUUGUUGUUGUUGUUGACUUCCCACCUGUGAUGAGUUUGCGACAAUGUAAAGAAAUUGUUUGCUCGAGAAAUAAACGGACGAAGAUGUGAC